AUGUGUUUGCUAUGGGUACUGAAACCUGCAAAUGACCAGAGGCAAGAUUUUAUGACUAUUACUUAUAAUUCUGGUCUUUUGGAAAACAGCCUUUUUACAAAGUCCUUGGCUUGUGGUGAGAUGGAAGGCCAUGGCAUGUCCUCAAAUUUAGGGUCAGCUCUUAAUACUGAACGAAAUAUUCCAGAUUCUGUCCUUGCCCAGAAAGAAGUUCAUGACAUCUUUGACAAUGAGAACUAUCAUCAACCCCCACAGCAAACACAAGCACUGGGGAUUGUUACAUUUGGUAAUGAAAGAUAUUACUUGAUAAAUCUUCUCAAAUCCUGUUUCAUUUCCUUCAACGAUGUAUGUUUCAACAGGGGUACUUCCAGGAGCCGUUCGCCGUCACGGGAUUCCUUUUCGCACCAUGAAGGAUCGGUAUAUAAGAUGGAGUCGGAAAAAACUUUACAGGCUUUGAAAGACAUUGUGCCUGCAGCACUAAACAAUAUAAACGCCAAAUUCAUACUAUUAGAUAAAGACAGGGUAACAUUAGAAGGGCAACACAAGACAUGUUUGGCACUAGUGGCGGACGAGACUGCAGCAGUGCACUUCCAGUUGUGGGGUGAUGAGUGUGAUGCAUGUGAACCAGGUGACAUUAUUCUUUUGGCCAAUGGCAUAUUUUCAUACAACCGGAACAAUCUUGUUUUGAGGGCAGGCAAACGAGGGAAGGUGGAGAAGGUGGGUGAAUUCACUAUGACUUUUGUGGAGACCCCUAAUAUGAGUGAGAUACGUUGGGUGCCUGAUUCGAUUAAUUCUAAGAAGUAUGUGCAGGAAGUUGUGAUUUCUCCCCACUCACGUAUAUUCCCACCAAUGCAUUGA